AUUAAAUCCCACGCGCAUUCUCAAGAGCCAACAAAAAAACUUUAAAACAUUUUUCAUUCAUAGCCAACAAUUUCCAUUGAUUCAUAUUUCAUUUUAUUCCUCGAGAAAAUCUGGUGCCUGAAUGUCUGUCAAUGAAAAUUCUAUGAAUGAACGAGAGCAAAGCUAGAUUUUUCAUUCAGUUCCUUUCCGUCACUUUCUGUACGUGCAGCAACAUUUUUAUUUCCUUUAAAUUAUUUGUUAUGAAGUCAAUUCUAAUUUUAUUAUUAUUAGGCUGUAGUUAUGUCUCUUGUAAGCUCGAUACUAGUGAUAAGUGUCCUGUCAUACUCCAAAAAAAUGAGAAUUUUGAGAUUGAGGAACUCUUUCAUAAAUGGAAUGUCCUGAAAUUAAUAUUGCAUUAUGAAGGACGGACACCAGUUAAUGAAUAUCGUAAAGAUGUUGAACUAUUUUACUUCAAAAUCAAGGGUUUGGAUGACAAGAAAAAGACGAUUGUGAAGAAUGGUAAAUCUUUUAAAUUUGUUUCUCUGGAGUACGUCUCGAGUGGUGCAUCAUUUAACAAUACUAGAAAUUAUAAAUUUAAUAUUAGUGUAGAAAACAAUGCAGUGUGGAAAGGAGAUGCUAUAACAAUUCAAGUGCUGUAUGUGCAACGAAAUCUUUCAAUUUUGAUGUUUUGUGAUUCAGAUAGGCUGUAUUCUGUCAUAUUAACAGUUCUUGAGCCACCUUAUAGCCAGAUAAAUUAUAAAUUUGCUGAUGAGACAUUUGAAAAUUUAUCCCUUAAUGUAUGGUUGACUAAAGACUUAUCAUUUGCUAAUAUAAUUAAUGGAAAUCACAUUAUUGCUUAUGUUUGUGUAUGGAUAGUAAUGAAGUUAAUUAAUGAUUUACAAACUAUGAAGUAGCCUUAAAUAAGUAGUAAAUGUACAAAUUAUUGUAAGCAUUUUAGAGAAAACAAUUAUGUAGAAG